AUGAAUAGUACUAAUGGCAUUCCGAAUUCUCUUCCAACUCUUGACGGUAAGAAUUUGAUCCGAUCGAAGAAACAGAUGCAAUCCUUGUUUGGCUUCCAUGAAACCCUAGAAGUGGUUACAGGCGGCGUACUUGUGUUGGCUGCAGAUGCAACCGAAGCACAAAAAACAGCCCAUAAUGAAGUCAAGAAGAAAGAUUGCAAGGCUGCGUAUUGCAUUCAGACGACGGUAGAUUCAGCGAACUUCGACAGGAUUUCUCAUGCUGAAUCGGCGAAGGAGGCAUGGGAUAUUCUGGUGAAGUAUUAUGAAGGAGGUGAGAAAGUCAAGGUUGUCAAGUUACAGACCUUGCGUCGACAAUAUGAAUUGUUGUCGAUGGGAGAAGACGAAAAGGUUGCAGAGUAUGUGUCGAAGGUGCAUAAACUCGUCCAUCUCAUGAAGGGUUGUGGUGAAACCCUAACUGAUAAUAUGAUAGUUGAGAAGGCACUGCAAGCUCAGUCAUGGAAAAAUAAUGGUGGUUCCAACAAAUUCAAAGGCAAAUUUGACAAGAAUCAGGGCAAGAAGCCUUGGUCGAACCCCCACAAGCAGCAAGAUGAAGAUAGAACUUCUGAAUCCUCGAAAGGGGGAGGAGGAAACUAUCGAAAGGACAAAGAAGAUAAAAAAGGUAAAGGUGUGCAGUGCUAUAACUGUGAAAAGUGGGGUCACAUGUCCAAACAUUGUUGGUACAAGAAAGACAAUGGAUCGACAAAAGGCAAGGACGAAGGAGCGAAACUUGCACGCCAAGAUUCAGAUGAUUCUGAAGAAGGUAUGGUGGUUAUGGCUGCAAUCACAGAUAACCAUGUCGAAUCCAAGAUCUGGUUUGGUAUAACUGAUGAAGUCGAAGUUGAAGGAAUUGUUGAGAAUCCAGUCGAAGUCAAAGUAGAAUCAGAUACGUGUUAG